AUGAGGUAUGUCAUCUUUCUUUACGCCAGCCCCUCCUCCGACGCCGCCAUCCAAGAACUCGCUGCAAGACCGGCCCCCGCGUGGGGGCAGCCUCAGCUACCGCGCGCACCACCCCCGUCCUCCCGGCUCUCCUCCACUGACGCCUCGCGCACGAUCGACACCCACACCGCGUUCUCCCCAUUCAUGUCCACCACAUCCCUCCACACCGCCCUCCUCCUACAAGCGCUCCAUGACCAUCUCCAAGGGCAACUCCCCUUGACUGCAUCUCCAAGCUCAUCUCCUACUCCUUCUUUGUCGAGGCCAGGCCUUCCAAACACGCAUCCUCCCAUCCCCGCCCCUGUCCCCGGGUCCGGGCUCAGCCACUCCACCUCGAGCGCCUCCCAGAGCAACCUCCCCCCGCCCUCGCUCGUGGACCUCGUCGUGCAUACCACCACCACCUGCCACACCGAGUCCACCGCCGACUCGGUUAGGCUCCAGGUCGUUAAGGCCCUCCUCGCUCUCAUUCUCUCCUCCACCAUCCUCGUCCACCAGUCCUCGCUCCUCAAGGCCGUCUGCACCGUCUACAACGUCUUCCUCAUGGCUGACGACGCCCCGUCCGCAAAGCGCGACUCGUUCGCGCCGUUCACGCCGGACAUCGAGCCGCCGUGCGCGCUGCCGUCCCAGGACAAGGUGCCCUCGGCAGACGACAUCUCGCUCGAGAUCCCGCUCCCUCUUUUGCCGCCGGUAGCUGCCCACGACGACUUGCCCGUCCUCGAGCUGCCCUCAUCGAAUGGGAUCGAGCACGGCGCGGACAGGCCAGAUACCCCUCAAGUCUCUCUCCCGAGCACCCCAGCCCAGGGGCAUCAUGCUCCUCCGGCACACACGAUGACGAUCAAUGACCUCUUCCUCAAGGAUGCCUUCCUCGUCUUCCGAUCCAUGUGCAAACUCACAAUGAAGCCCCUCAACUCGAAAAGCGAGCACGACCUCAAGUCGCACUCGAUGCGCUCCAAGCUGCUCUCCAUGCACAUGGUGCUCGUCAUCCUCAACGCGCACAUGGACGUCUUCGUCUCGCCCUCGUCGCUCAUCUACUCGAGCUCGUCCCACGAGGCGACCCCGUUCGUGCAGAUGGCAAACCAGUACCUCUGCCUCAGCCUCAGUAGGAAAGCAGCCAGCCCCGUCCCGCAGGCGUUCGAGAUCAGCGUCGAGAUAUUUUGGCGCGUGAUCACGGGCCUCCGGACGAAGCUCAAGGUGCACACGCGCAAAGAGAUCGAGGUCCCGUUCCACGAGAUCUUCUUCCCAAUCCUCGAGAUGAAGACGUCGACGCUGAAGCAGAAGGCCGCCAUCUUGGGUAUGCUGUCACGCCUUUGUCACGAUCCGCAGGCGCUCGUCGAGAUUUAUCUCAACUAUAAUUGCGACAGCCAAGUCGCAGACAACAUCUACGAGCACCUCAUGAACAUCAUCACCAAGAUCGGCACCAGCAUGCUCCCGUCCGCCGCGCAGCAGAAGCCGGCGGACCCUGCGAGCCCCGCGCUGACACCCACGAGCAAGGUGCACGCGCCGGGCAUCCCGCCGUCACUCGUGACGUCCGCCGUGGCCGUCUCAGGCUCGCUCGAUACAUCCGCGCUCGGCCACUCGGAGCAGCAGCUCUGCCGCCAGAGCCUCGAGUGCCUCACUGCCGUGCUACGCUCGCUCGUCGCGUGGGGCACCACGCCCGACUCGGCGUUGGCCGCGGCCGCGGCGAGUGCGUGGCGCACCAGCGUCGGCGAGGACGGGUGCCCUGAGGGAUUGACGCCCGACGCGUCGCAGUCACUGGAUAGGCUCCCGACGGGUGGCCCGAGCGCGGAGGCGACGAGGCAGCCGACGCCAGGUAUCCACGACGACCCGGGCCGGUUCGAGAGCGCGAAGCAGAAGAAGACGAUGUUGCUGGAGGGCGUCAAGAAGUUCAACCUUAAGCCGAAGCGAGGCUUACAAUUUUUGCUCGAGACGGGGUUCAUUCUGAGUAAGGCGCCGCAGGAUGUCACACGGUUCUUGUUGCAUACCGAUGGGCUGAGCAAGUCGAUGAUCGGUGAGUACCUCGGCGAAGGGGAUGAGGAGAACAUCGCGACCAUGUACACGUUCGUCAACAUGCUCGACCUGCGGAGCAUGCCCUUCGUCGACGCGCUGCACGUCUACCUGCAGGCGUUCCGCCUGCCCGGGGAAGCGCAGAAGAUCAAUCUGUUCAUGCUCAAGUUCGCCGAGCGCUACAUCGAGGGCAAUGCGAACACACCGUUCGCGAACGCCGAUGCGUACACCGCCUACGUGAUCUCGUACUCGGUCAUCCUGCUCAACACGGAUGCGCACAAUCCGCAGGUGAAGAAGCGCAUGACGCGCGCAGACUUCGUGAAGAACACCCGCGGGAUCAACGAGGGCGCGGAUCUCCCCGAGGAGCUGCUGUCCGCCAUCUUUGACGACAUCGUGAACAAUGGGAUCCGGAUCAAGGAUGAGGUGGACUCGAGCCUGGUCGCGUCGCUCGCGCCGGGUGCGGGGCUGGCGAGCGCGCUCGCCACGGUCGGGCAGGACUUGCAGAGGGAGGCGUAUAUGCUGCAGUCGAACGGCAUGGCGAACAAGACCGAGGCGCUGUUCAGGACGAUGAUGCAGUCCCAGUGCAAGGGUUCGCGGAGUGGCGAGCAGUUCUUCAGCGCGUCGCACUUCGAGACGGACAACCUGGAUGUCGUGGAGCUCUGCCUCGACGGCUUCCGGAAUGCGAUCCGGAUCGUGUGCUUCUUCGACCUCGAGCUGGAGCGCAACGCGUUCGUGACGACGCUCGCAAAGUUCACGUUCCUGAACAACCUCGGGGAGAUGAAGACAAAGAACAUGGAGGCGGCCCAGAUGCUUCUCGACGUCACAGUCAUGGAGGGCAAUAACCUCAAGGGCUCGUGGCGCGAGGUGCUCUCGUGCGUGAGCCAGCUGGAGCAUAUGCAGUUGAUCAGCAGCGGCGUUGACGUCCUGGAUGCGCGCAAAGGUUACGUCGCGCGUGCUCCGAUCGUGCGCACACGAAAGCUGCCCAACGAGGAGCUGGCGAAUGAGAGUAGAUCGACGCACAUCACCGUCGCGGCGGACAUGGUGUUCUCCCUAAGCCAUUACCACACAACGAUGAAUUGCGAAACCGGAGCAAACUCUGCUCUACGCGCACGAGACGACUUGUAA